AUGGAUCAGGCCUUAAGCGUAAAAGUGACACAAGUUGUGGAGCUUAUAAAGACAGUCAUAGAAAAGGAGUUUGAAGGAUAUAACAAAAAUUACUACGAGAACACAUUUGAAAACUAUAAGGAUGCAACAGUUGACCUGUUGACUCUCGACGAAGCCCAAUUCAAGUUUGAAGAACCAAAAGAUCUUGAAGAAGAAGACAUCAAAAAGUUCAAUGAUUCCGUAUAUAGCAAAUUAAAAGAGACAAUAUUGAGUACAAGCUUUCAAAAAGUGUUAUUGUCUUUCAUUGAAGUUGACGUUGAAAGUGGAGACAGUCAACUAACAAAGAAAAUAGCCCUUGUAUUGGACUAUUUGUUGUGGCUAGCCAUUGAGGUGGACAAGACAGCAAAAACUACGUUCUACUAUUGUUUGGAAGUAGUUCUGAAUCAACUUUUUUCAAUUUCUACUAGUCAGGUUGAAUCCCUCUGGUCAUUUGUGGAGGCAAGAUUACCCACAAUUCAAGGUAAAUUAUUCGAGAAUAGCUUUGGAGAAAGAAUUGCAAUUCUUCUGCUUGGAAACUCGCUAACGGACAAAUACAAUACGCUGAUUACAGGAAUGAAAACCGAUACAACAAUGAAGGAUACACUCAAUGAUAGAUUCCAAUCUAGAGUUCGAAUUUUUAUGACUGAGUUACUUGCGAUUGAUGACAACACCGGUCUUAACAAGUACUUUCAUAUUCACAGCGCUAUCCCCCCUCACAUACGAACUAAAGACGUGUUUAUCAGUGAUGUGCUUGAUAUACAAAAAAUGUUCAACGAUCCGUUAUUUUAUCUUAAAAAGAGCAAUGUAAUGGAGUUCAAUAAGAUGACUGAAAAGAUCUAUAGAGUAUACGGACAACUAGUUGAAGAAGAACUGCGAUUUAGGGCAAAGAGUCCUCUCCCCGAACAAUUUCGCUUCUUGGAGCCAAAAAGUGAACCUGAGCAAGAAUACUUGCGUCAAAAGUAUCUACAACGGGAGUAUGUACCUGAGAGUUACCUUGAGUCGAGCUUCGAAAAGGGUUCCAAGUUGGAUGAGACCCAAAAUGCAGAUUAUAAAUUUUUCUAUCACCAAAUGGAACUUUCAAAGAUAAGAGUGCAAUAUCUUUUGAUGAUCUAUAUUUUGUCAGUGUUUUACGUUGAAUUAACGCCAGGUAAUAAAAGCGAAUUUAUGAAAAAUAUUGGUGCACCGGUUACUACAAAACACAUCACAGAAGAGUCGCCAGCGGCUAGUACAGUUAAGAAAUACAUACAAAUUAAAACUGAACUACCCUCACUAUUGAAAGGAAUCGAUGCCUCGUUGCCAUUUUUGUUUUUGCAUUUAGGACUCGAUGAAAGAAUUUGGUGGAGAUGGUUGCUUCAUGGCAAGGAUGAUCAAAACCAAGGUUUCUUUGUUAAUAAGCUCUUGCAACCUGAAGUACUUGAUGCCCAAGAGGAUGCGUUCAAGAAAUUGUACCCAUAUAAGAAUAAAAGAAGUUUCAACACUUUUGUAACACCACAAGUAUCAAAGAAAAUGAGGACAGAAAUAGGAUUAGCAAAUUUAGAGCAAACUGCAAAAUUUGAUAUUGAAAAGGCAACGGAGGAGCUAAACGGUAUAAAAGAGGAGCUAGAGAAGGGAGACAAUGAUGACUUGAAGGACAGGAAGUCCGCUUAUUCAUGGAAAUUACUCAGAUGGAAAAGAAAGUUGGCAACUAAAUGA